UAUCACAGCAAAGCGUCGUCAGUUCAUACAUAUACAUGUUUUUUUUUCUAUCAAAUAAAUAUAUAUGCUCCUUGGAAUGGAUGUGCAAUAUAUGUGUGCUGACAAACGAGUACAUUGGCAUUUGUUUGAUGAAUUUCCUUUCCACAUUUUCCUGUUUCAACUUCCUUCACUCACUUCGGUUCAUCGUUACAUCGCAUCGCAUCGCAUCUCAAUUCGCAUCAAUACAUGAACAUGCUUACAUCAUUUUCUAGCAUACAACGAAACAUUUCGUUUCCUCUUCAAUUCUUCGCAUUCAACGGAGACACAAAUCACGGAAUUUUAGAUUUCAUUUAAAAAUUUAUUGAUUUUUCCGUGCUAUUGCUGCUGCUCAAAAAUAGAAUACAAUUAUUUCGAAGAAAAAUAAGCGACCACAUAAUAACCGAAAAUUUGUGGGCCAUUAAUGAUGGAGCUGAGAAUAUUUAAUGGUAGCCUUUAAGUCACCAUAUAUAGAAAUUUAUGCAUAAAUUAUUACGAUCAACAAUUCGAAUGUAAAAAGUUACAUUGAAGACGCCAACCAUCAUAUGUGUAAUCAAAGUAAUUCAAUCCUUGGUCAAAGAUUAUUAACUGAUGACAUUUCAAGAAAAAUAUACAUCGAGGGAGCAUAAGCUCGACUCAAUUUUUCUUUUGAAUUGACGGAAAGAAAGACAAUAAAAACGUGUCACACAAUGGAACAAUACAUCCCUAUUUAUUUUAUUACAAUUUUUCCAUAGAGUUCAGCUGUAUCCAGCCAUAUGUUCAAUUUUCCCACAAAAUUCAUUUAAAAAAAAGAGUAACAAACCAAAACGAACCACAAUUACUGCAGAUACACGCGUAUGGUUGAAGCAGUGGCCCAACUGAAUUAUACAUUGAAUUCGAAGGUGACCGUAGCAAAUCAGACAACAAUUAUCGCGAGCGGCACUUCGAACAGCGUCAAAACAACAACAGUGAAUGUGCCGAAUAUGGCCGUUGAAUCGACGAAUGAUUUCAAUCUUAUAGCGGCCAAUUGCAAUACAAAUGUUUGCUUCUUUUGCCAGAAGACCUUCACGAAUGUGUACAAUUGUCGCCGGCACAUUCGCACUCAUAGUGGGGAAAAGCCGUUUCAAUGCAACGUGUGUGGAAAGAAAUUCUCACGACAAUCCACAUUAAAUGCUCAUGAAAAGGUUCAUACAGGUAAUCAAAUAUUUAAAUGUGAGGUGUGUGGGCAGGCCUUUGAUGUGUAUCGCCACUUGACGGAGCAUAUGAUUGUUCAUCGUCAGGAUAAGCCGUUCACGUGUAAGAUUUGCAAUAAGAGCUACAGUCGUGCAACGGUGUUGAGUCAGCACAUGAAAUCCCAUCCGACGAGCGGUAGCUUUGAUACGUUGCCGAAUACCGUUACAAUUACAUCGACCACAUCGAAUGAUUCGCCACAAACAACGGUCACAACCACUGUUGGGUCGAUGCCGGUCACAUUGCAACCGGUGUACAAAUGCCAACAAUGCGAAAAAAUGUUUGUCACCCCGAGUGAAUUGAAAGACCACGAAUCGGUGCACACGUCGCAGCAGAAGGAGGAGAAGAAGGCGGUCAAUCUCAAAGAAGUCAUCGUUAUGGUUAAGCCUGAAGAGCCCCAAAUUGUUCAACUGAUGCCACAAAUCAAGUGCUACAUUUGCGAUGAACACUUCAAUUCGGAGCAAGAACGUACUGCCCAUGCAUUGGUUCACAAUCGUAUUGUGGUCAAUGAUACGCCACAAUCGAUUCAAGUGACCCAAAUCUCAGCACCAACCAUUCCGGUCACAACCAUCGAACCACCGACUCUGCCGCCAGUGACGAGUUUAGAUGCAGAAAUGGCCGCAGUUACGGAUGAGAUCACCUUUGAUGAUGUCAUCAAAUUGACGUUGCUCGAAAAUAAAUCGCCGUGCAAUGUGUGUGGCAAAAGUCACACCAAGUGUCAACCGUGUGAAAAGUUCAAGUGUGACGUUUGCGAUAAGCGAUUCAGUAACUUGGGCAAUUUUAAUGUGCACAAACGAAUUCAUAAACGUGAAAAACCGUUCCGGUGCUCGGUUUGCGGCAAAAGUUUUCGCCUAUCCAAAAGUCUUACGGUUCACAUGGUAUUGCAUACGGAAAACGAGUCCUUCGAUUGUCCGGUCUGUGAUCGUAGCUUCAAUCGCAGUGGCUCGUUAAAAGUUCACAUGAAAUCACAUACAACGGCCGAACUACAACAACCCAAACGAUCCUACAUUGAUGUCGGAUUCGGUCACGAUGCCGAUGACGAUUUAUUUGGAGACGAUGAAGAGAAUAAUCGAGACGUGAUGCUGGAUUUUAUCGAUGAUAAUCCAACAUUUUGCGAUAUUUGUGGCGAAAAAUUCAUUCAGUGCAAUGCAAAUACACGUACUCACAAGUGCUCAAAGUAUUCAAUCGACGAGGAUUUCGAUGAUGAUGAUGAACAACUGUCGUCAUUGGACAUUUGGAAUUGUGUUGAGUAAAUGUCGGAUAGUAAAAUAUGAUAAGGUAUAGGUUUCAUAACUGCCCACCAAAAUGGGCAGCAAAAUUCAAGUUUUUCUUCUUUAUGUGUAAGUAUUUCUCAAAUGAGAGUUAAACAGUUGUAACAAACUAUGCGAUAAGUGAAAUGUUUUUUUUUCUACUGGGAAAAAAAAUUGAAAAACUUCAGAAAUUAAGGGAAAAUUUACAGAUAAAUUGGUGUUCUAAACGAACAUUAUCGAAUAUUUAAGGAGAACAAUUAUUUUAAACGUUUGAGCUAUUGUUUUACAGCGAUUAAAUUGACUAUGAUGCAUGUCACACAAACACACCAAAAAAUAAAACGAAACAUAAAUUAUUGAGAGUAUUGAAACACCGAACAAUUUGUGUGUCGCAUGGAAUAAAUUAUGCAUAAAUUCAGUGUUAAGAAUAGCUAGUGACAUUUGUGUUCAGUAUUGAUUAGUUUUUUUUCUUUGGAAUAUAAGAAUGAUAAAAGAGUCAAUUCAACUCUCAAGGUCAUUUCUCUUUUUGUAGUGCAAAAAUAAAACAUUUGAGCCUUGUUCAUUUAGUUUAAAUGAUUUAGUUCACAAUUUUGGGUUCCUUUUGCCGGGGAAAACUGUUUUAGCCAAAUUCAAACAAAAACCAACACAUUGUUUUAGUUCGAUUAGUAUUUUUGUUGAUUGAAAUUCCAAAUUUGGACAAUGAUUUUCGUAGCUAAUUAUUAUCGGAAUUUUACCGUAUUUGUUUGCCAGCUUUGGAAAUAUUCGUAACAAUUCAUGUAAUCUAUUGUAUUGAACAUGUGAAAAAUAAACUUUUUUUUGCGAUGGAAAUGCAAA